AUGGCGGCAGCUGAUGUGGACGCCGCCCCCCGUUUUGGAACCGAGCUGAAAGAUGCUUUCAAGCCUGUCAAUGCUUGGGUCUCAAAUGGAAUAUCGUGGCUGGAAGACCAGCAGCAAUUUUACAGAGAAAGAGCUAUUAUUGAGAAGGAGUACAGCACUAAGCUGAGUGCCUUGGCAAAGAGAUACUUUGAAAAGAAAGCAAAAAGAGCCAGUGGGCUGAGUGUUGGCGAUACCCCAAGCUUGACUCCGGGCUCUUUGGAGAGUGCAUCCCUGACCACAUGGACUGCACAGCUAUUCACUGUCGAAACGGUCGCGUCAGAGCACGAUCGGUAUUCUACUGAAUUACAAUCGCAAAUUGCUGAGCCGCUGAAAAACCUGGGUCUCCAAUAUGAAGAGCUCAGAAGGAGCCACGUGGAAUAUGCGGCGAAACUGGAACGGGAAAGAGAUAUCUCAUACAGUGACCUUAGGAAGACAAAAGGCAGAUACGACGCAGCCUGCCAGGAAGUUGAGAAUAAACGCAAGAAAACAGAAUCCUCUUUCGAUCAUGGCAAGAGCAAAGCUCAAUCAGCUUAUCAGCAGCAAAUGGCAGAGAUGAAGAACAUCAAGAACACCUACUUGAUCAGCAUCAAUGUCAGCAAUCAGCUGAAGCAGAGGUACUACCACGAAUAUGUCCCAGAAUUGCUUGACAGCCUACAAGACCUCGCAGAAACCCGUGUAAACCAAAUGAAUGCGUUGUGGAGUCACGCAAAUGCCAUCGAAACGGCUACACUGAGCCGAAGUGCUGAUCAUCUUCAGCAUCUUGCCUCAGAGAUCCCUCGAAAUGAACCUUACCUAGACUCGAGCAUGUUUGUGCAACAUAAUGUCAGUCAUUGGCAGGAGCCUUCGGAUUUAGUAUUCGAACCAAGUCCGGUAUGGCUUGAUGACAGUGCGAUGGCCACAGAUGAGAUAGCAAAGAUCUACCUGCGAAACGUGCUAGGCAAGAGCAAGAGCCAGCUUCGAGAGCUAAAGCAGGAAGCCGACAAGAAGAGAAGGGAUGUUGACAACAUUGCGCGCUUACGACAGAACGUCCGUGCAGGCAAAGAGAAGCGUGAUGAGGUGGAAGUGGUUCGAGGGUUAUUCUCCAUGCAAGAGGAUCUGCACCAAGUCGAGCGACAGCGCUUAACAGCUGAAGUUGAGAGCCAGACGAUCAUUUCCACUGUGGGAGACUUGUCUCUUGGUGCGCAGAACCAUCACUUCAAGCCCGAGACCUUUAAGAUCCCGACAAAUUGUGAUCUGUGCGGUGACCGUAUCUGGGGACUAUCGGCAAAAGGAUUUGAUUGCCAACAGUGUGGGUACACAUGCCACAAACAAUGUGAAUUAAAGGUUCCUGCAGAGUGCCCGGGAGAGCAGUCGAAAGAAGAGCGCAAAAAACUCAAGGCGGAGAGGCAGGCAGCCUCGAAGGUGGUGCAACCCGCAUCAAAUGGAGGCCUCCCCGAAAACGUAGCAGAAUUGCCUGACUUGAGCAGAAACAACACAAUGGAUACUUUGAGCUCGGGAUAUGCCGCCACCGCUUCGAGAUCGGUCACGGGUCGUAGUUUACACGACGAUGGGCCUGCCGAAGUAAGUGCAGAGAAUGCACCACCAAAAGUAAAGCCAGCCGUAGGUGCAAGACGGAACCGAAUUGUCGCUCCGCCGCCUACGCAAUAUGUGAGUGAAGUAAAUACGAACAGUCCUGACCCACUACAUCUAAGCGCGGCUUCUUCAGAACGCAAGGGUAGGAUGGUUUUUCCCUUUCAAGCAUCAAAUGAAGGCGAGAUAUCGGUAUCCGAAGAUGACGAAGUUAUCAUCACCGAACGUGAUGACGGCUCAGGGUGGACAGCUGUUCGUUGCGGCGAGGCUGCUGGUCUAGUACCGACGACUUAUCUGGAAGAGGUGCCUGAAGUGCCGGCGAAACAUUCGUUAGGCGCAGAUCGUCCUAUGUCGUCUUAUUCAUCUUCCACUACCUCUCUAGCUGGUAGCAUACAUUCAGGGGCAGGAGGAGCCUCAUCUGCUGCUGCAAACAGCAAGAAGAAAGGGCCUGCGGUCGCACCAAGGCGAGGGGCCAAGAAAGUCAAGUACGUUGAAGCAAUGUACGAUUAUGAAGCAAGAAGCGAUGCCGAAUGGACGAUGAGUGAAGGGGAGCGAUUCGUGUGCGUGAAUCGAGAUACUGGGGAUGGGUGGGCAGACGUCGAAAAGGGUGGCGUCGUGAAGAGCGUCCCAGCUAAUUAUGUUCAAGAUCUUUGA